UUUUUGAAAAUUUAUCACACAGUAACAUGCUAACAGCAACAAAAUAAGAAGAAGGAAAACCCUCUCUGUUGAUGAGGACCAACUAGAUGACGAAGAAAAUUCACCCGGCAAGAAGAAAAUCCAGGGUUUCAAAAAUGCCAGCAAUAUCUUCUUCAAAUCUUGCCGGUUCUCUCAGUUUGAUGGCAAAUAUGAAAUAUAAGCAUGAUGAUAAGGGUCUUGGUCUUUAUACAAAUUUUGAAGAGUUGUACGGCAAUUCUCAUUCGGAUCAUCUUUCAAUAGCAGUGGAGAGAUGUAAUAAUAAGUUGUGUAAAGAAAACAUUGAAAAAGCUGAUCAAGGUCCUAAACCUGUUGAUAGUGCUAUGGUUGAUACUGGUAAAGCUGAAGUUGAUAAUGACGAAUCAAAAGAUGCGUCUAUAGAUGAUUCCAAAGGGGAGUCUAUAAAUGCGUCCAUAGAUGAAUACAAAGGUGAGUCCAAAGAUGAUGCGGAUGCCAGCAUUGGUAUAACAGAAGUUGAUAAUGACGAGUUUAAAGAUGAUUCUAAAUGUGAGUCCAUAGAUGUGUCCAAAGAGGAAUUCGAAGGCGAGUCUAAAGUUGACGCGGAUGCUAGCAUUGGUAUAACAGAAGUUGAUAAUGAUGAGUCUAAAGAUGCAUCUAAAAAUGAUGAGGGUGCUAGGAUUGGUAUAACCGAAGCUGAUACGAAUGAGGUCAAAGAUACGUCUAAAGGCGAGUCUAAAGAUACAUAUAAAGAUGAUCCUAAAGUUGUGUUCAAAGAUGCGUCCAAAGAUGAGUCUAAUAAUGAAAGGAAAGAUGCGUCCAAGGUAUGUGCGGAUGCUAGCAACGGUAUAUUAGAAGUUGAUAAUUCUGAUUAUGAUGAUGAUGACAACAAUGAUGAAGAUGACAAUGAUAAUGAUGCUGCUGGACCUAGUACUGGUUGUAAGACCCGGAAAAGAUGUCGUGGGUACAGCGAUAUUGAAGAAGAAGAUAGCCUGCUUCCCUUUUCUUUGGAUAUGGCAAAUUGGACAGAGCAAGGGUUAUGCAUCAAAUGUAAGAAUGACGACCAGGUCCUUACUUGUAGUGCUAAUGGAUGCUGGGUAGCUGUGCACACAUCUUGUUUGUAUGUCACACCUAAUUUUGAUGACAAUGGGUACUUCUACUGCCCCCUGUGUUCAUUUAAGCGAGUACUUUCCGAGCUUGACCAAAUGAAGAAAGAAAAAAGCAUGGCAAAAGAGAAGGUUCGCAUUGCUAAAAGGUUACGCAGUCUUUUUAUCGGUUGCUCAACUGAGGAAGACUUAACAGUUCACGAGAAGGAAUUGAAUCAUUCAAGAAUAGAUGCAGACAGAAACUGCUGUAGCUCUAAUUCUGGAAGUGGGCAAAGAGGUAGUGAUAAAGCAAUUUUUGUUGGAUUAGAAAAUGAUCAACAAGAAGCAGUAGUUACUACUGGAGGUGCUGCUGGAAAUUUAAGGAUAGAUACAUGUUUGGAAAGUGAGAGUAAUGUUGUAUUGCAUACUGGAGGAGAGGAGGUUACACAAGACACUGGCUGUCCUCAGCGUAACAACAUGGAAGAUCAACAAAAAGACAUUCCUAUUCCCAGCGAGUUUGAUAAUCCUUCAACACGAAGGAUAGAAACAGAGACAGAGAUGGUCGACAAACAUCAAACCUCAAAAGAAUGCGAACAAGAAAACCAAGUAGAAGCUUAUGCUGAGUGUAGUAACAGAAAUUUGUCCUGCGCAGAAGCUGUGACGAUUGUGCAUUUUGAACAGAUAACUCAAAAAGACUUGCCUAUACUCGGUCAGUUUGGUAGUCCUCUAACACAAAGUGAAGAAAUUGAAAAUGAGAUCGUUGAAAACCAUCAGAACACAAGAGAGAGUGAAAGACAGAUGCAAGUGGAAAUUGAUUGGGAGUUUAGUGAAAGAAAUCGGCCCUGCCGAGAAGCUGAGACGUCAAAGAAUGUUGCUCUGGCUGGGAUGUCCUCUACUUGCCUACAGAAGGGCAUGGAAAUUGAGAAGGAGAUGUCCUCUACUUGCGUACGUAAGGGUAAGGAAAUUGAGAAAGAGAUGGUUGAAGAGCAUCAACGCCCAAAAGAGAGUGAAGGAGAAAUGCAAGUGGACACGGACAUGGAGAAUAUAGAUGGAGAUUCGCGCUGUCGAGAAGCUGAGACGUCUGUACAGGCUGAACAGGUUACUCAAAAUACACUUUUACAGUCAAAUAAUGUUGAUCUGGUAGGGACAUCCUCUCCUUACCAGCCUAAGGGAUGCAAGACUGGCAGGAGAACAAAAUCCCUUGCCAAACGCCGAGCAAGGAAACUACCCAAACCCAAGCGCAAUCCACUUUCUUGGUCAGUGGAAGAGGAAGACAUGCUUAAGAAAGGAGUAGAGAAAGUUUCAUGUGAGGUUAAGAAAAAUAUGCCCUGGAGGAGCAUUUUAGCUUUUGGUUCGUCUGUAUUCCACACAACUCGAACACCAGAAGACCUCAAAGAUAAAUGGAGGACAAUGACUAAAGGGAGACGACACAGGUGACUGUGUUUUACAUCUGAUUCUGGAGGACAAGUUGACAUCAAGUACAUGAAUUUUAUGUCAACUCGCACUAAAUAGACCUACAUGACAUUAUGGGAAAAAGAAGAAUGUAGCAAAAUAGGAAAGGAAAAGAAAUCAAGAAGAGCGGAGAAAAGUGAUCUAGGAUUUUUUGAUUAAGGUGAAGUUGCAGGUGUCAUGAUGAACUUUUUUGGAUCGCUGGUCUCCCUGUCUGUGAGAGUCAGUGGCUCUUGAAGGGGCGUCUCCUUGCUCAAUAUGCUGACUGGGUGAUAUGAGUGAGAUAAUGCUUUUAUUUCUACAGACCAUGCUUAUAAUUCCCUCUGAUUUGAAAUGUAAAUUUGCCAUCAAAAUGAAAGUAGUUACUGUUUAUCUUGUUUAUGCUAAUAAGGCUACAUCAAUUUUGUGUUAAUAUUAUAUUCAGAAACUGUA